AUGAAGCAGUGGAAACUGCCUUCUGGAAUCUAUCUUCUUCAAGCAAGUAUGCUUGCAGAGGUUGGUAUGGUAGCCACGGGAGAUGAAAACUAUUGGCCAACCUUAUCCGAUAACCUUAUGUUCUACUUGAACCCAAAUCGGACUGUUUUCGAGAAAUACACUCAUUUGCAAAUCAAUUUCGUUUUCACGAGAGACUCAACUGAGUCUCUUGCUUAUGGUAUCCUACAACUUCGAAUUUGUUUUCAAAACAGAUUUAAAAAAUUCUGGAUUUCUGAAAAUCGCCUUCUAUCCUACUUACAACUGAACUGCAAAGACCUCAUGUUCGUCAUUCUACACCGUUUUCAAGUCAUCAAACGAUUUAGUUCCCGUGUUUCAAGUAUUUCCCAACUAGCCAUCGAAAACACUCUGCCACCGCUUUUCACGAGGGAAUUUAGGACUACGGACAUAGCCGAAACGCUUCGCCGCUUUGAGCAAAUGAUACGGGAGCAAGACUUCAAUGUGGCCAUAUUUGCUGCGCUUGUUCGACUGCUUGAACCAUGUUUACUCAGUGCAUCUGAACAGGAUCUGGCCAAAGAACAAAACAAGUCAACGCUAGAUAUGCUCUUCCGUUUCGGACUGGCCAACUCGUUUCUGGGAAUAUCAGCCUAUUGGCCGUGUGAAGAUUGCCGGACAGGCGAGUGGGGUAUCACAGAUUGGAAGGAACCGCCCCAUCCAACAUCCCCCUGCAUGCGUACAUGGAAUGAUCUGGAUGAAGGCAUCAUGAAUGCCAGCCACGAAUUAAUACGUGCGACUUUCCGUCUGAUCACAGAAGUUCCAAAUUGCCUAACCCAUGCUGCGCUACGAAAUGAUCGUCUGAAUUUCGCCUCUCUAAAAUUCGCCGCCUGCCUGGUACAGUGCCGUUCACAUACGCAACCUAGCCGAACAACCACUUGUGUGAUCAACUUGUUGCGCAUAGUGGGAAACUGCUGUGUUGUCAAAUGUCACGUGGAUUUUACGCGUAUAUUUCAAGAUGCUGAGAUUUUGGAUGUUCUCCGUUAUUUGGCUGUUUGGCUUUCCUAUCGAGUCGACUGGAUGUACUGUGCGGAAGAGGUAUGCUGGCUCCUUGCCAAUACGGUCACCUCGAUGAGCCUUUCCAUCUUGCAGCCGAAGAGAUGGAAGAUCACCUAUGACCUGUUUGUCUCUAGAUGUCUUUUGCGCAGCCUGACCAACGACUCAUGCUCAUCACAAGCCGUUCGACUGUUACACAAUUCCGUGUGUUUUGAGCAAUUUGAGGUGAUCUCAGCCUGGAUAUCUAGCCUUAACUGUGUGGACCUCGGAAUUUCCAAUCGAAUUGGUCUUUGGCGCCUCAGAGGACAUCAAAAUCUGUCCGGUGAAGACAAUUUAUACAUCAUUCGCUUGUUCUGGCUAAUCAGUACUAUAAAGCGACUUGAGCAGAGCUGUUUACUGGCACAUAUUCAAAACCAUUGUAAAUAUCUUUCUGUUUUCUUACAUCUUCCUUGGAUUCCACCAACGACGGGAUCAGAUCAUGUGUACAGCGAAGCCAUUCCUUCCAAUGAAGUUGUCGAUCUAUUAUUGAGCAUCCAAUGA